CCCGCCCAAUCACAGCCCUGCCCUGUUAUCAUCUGACAGAAGUAUUCCGUACCGUGUGGUGACAGUGAGCGCAGCCCAGUGUGUCCCUUCGCAUUGAUCAUGUCUACUCCGGCACCAGCAGGCUCCAGCGAUGUGGCGUCCAGUAAUCGUCGUCUGCAACAGACACAAGCUCAAGUCAAUGAGGUGGUGGACAUCAUGCGAGUUAAUGUGGAUAAGGUCCUAGAAAGGGACCAGAAGUUGUCUGAGUUGGAUGAUCGAGCAGAUGCUCUACAAGCGGGUGCAUCACAGUUUGAGACUAGCGCUGCCAAGCUGAAGAGAAAAUACUGGUGGAAGAACUGUAAGAUGUGGGCAAUUCUUAUCGCUGUAGUCGUGCUCAUAAUCAUCAUCAUUAUCGUGUGGAGUGUUUCGUGAUCUUCUCAGGAUCCAUGGAUAUGAACUGAUGCCACGCUGAAUAACAAGGCUGCAGUUCUCAAUCAAAUCUGCUGUAUGAAAAGUAUAUAUUCAUAUAUAGCUAAAUGAUUUUGUUUGUUUUUUUUCACCCCGUUAAGCAUUGUUUUGCCUUUAGAGUUAAGACCCUUUACCAGAAAACAAAACACACUCCAUUUUUUUAAAAGCUUAAAAAGCACAACCAGCACUUUUCACUGUGUCUUAAAAAGGAAGUGUUUUUUUUUCUACAUAUAUUAUAUAUAUUUUUUUUUUCAACUGUGAAUGGUUUUUGAUCCUCGUUAUCUUGUAACGUGCAGGUUUUUUUUAUUCACACCUGCAGAAAGCGUGCCUCCAAUUUUGUUAUCACUAUUUGAUUUGUAUGCAGCAAAAACAAAAGAUUAAAAAACAUAAUAAUCUCUUCAAGAUCAAUAAGAAAAAGCAAAGUGCCUUAAAAUGUUUAGCAUGCGUUUACAGGUGGACUGGUCAUCUCAAUAAAACAAUACAGUAUAAUUCAUUCAUGCUGACAUUGGGUCAAAAUGGAAUUGCCAAAAGGUCUUACUUAUUUACCAAAGUGCCUUUGCAGAUUGUCUCAGAUGAGUGCUGAAAAAUGCAGUCCUGUAAGAGCAGGAACAUUUAAAUAGUUCUCUGAUUAUCUUGUCCAAUAAUUGUAGGUGACCUUCAAGUUACUGUGUUCAGUUUGCAAUGCCAUUUAUUGUAAUUUUUUUGUUUGUUUAUGCAUACAUAGUAUAAGCACAUUUUGUAUGCAUGCUUACUAGAAGCACAAUUGGUGUAAUUUGACACGGGACUUGGAAGUACCUAUUGCAAAAAGCCGCCAGGUAUGAAAUUUGUUAAAUGUUAUGGUCAGUGGCGAUUUGGAGUAAUUCUUUUUAUGGCUUUGAUUUUUAAUAUUUUUGGAUAAAAAAAAACAUAAGAAACAAUGUCAUGAUAUAAUAAAAAAAAAAAAUUAAAAAAAAUAUGAUUGGAUUUAAUUUGCAAACGUGACUUGCUCAUGCAAAACUAAUAUGAUCUCCACUUCAUAUAGGGUAAAAAUCAAAAUUUAUAGUAACAUUAAGCUGUCCACAUCGCAAGUUUGUCAUUGUGUCAAGUUUAUAUAAUUUGUAUGCUUUUGAUGUAGCUUACUAGUCAAAAACAUAGUACAUCCUUUGUAAUAGAUCUAUUUGCUGGCACAUUUUGCUAGCAUUUCUGAAUUAGAAAUUUUCAUCAAUGUGUUUCCACUUGAAUACAAAAGAUCCCCAAAUCGUCCGGUUUGUGUCAGGCUUUAUAGACUUUGACUCUGAACCUUUUCUUCUUCAAAGGUGUGCGCAGCCAUUGAAGGAAACGUAGACUAGACAAAGUCCUUUAUAAAUAUAAAAGGCAGUAUUGUAGAGUUUUACCCCUACAGGCACUUGUGAAAGUUGCAGGAACUAUGUGAAAACUCUAGCUGACAUGCACAUCCUACUUGUUGGCAUGAAACUGGCGUGUCUAGUUAUUAAAACUUAUUGUUACUACUGACUUAGGAUGAUUCAGAUGAAGGGGGUCUACCCACCAUCUAAUCAACCACACCCCUGUACCUGCAACAACUGAGACUGUUAUCCAUUGGAUUGUAUACUGCUAUUACGCCAUCUAUGUGAACUCACAAUGUUAUGCUUGCACACAUAUUAAAUGGCACAAAUGAAGAUUGUUUAAAAUUAUACCAUAACCUCAAAUCCCCUUGUUUCUCACCUGGUGUUUAAAAGUUUAUUUUAAUGCCAAUUAUGGAGGCUAAGCUUGCUUUUAUUUUUGUUUUUUUUAUUGCAGAAAAGUUGGGGGUUACUGCAGUUGAUUGAGUAAAUAAAACCUUUUGGGUUGUACAUAUCAUACUUUAAGAAAUUGUUUUGCAAACACCAAAAAGCAGCCUUUAGAAACUCUGUAUAUGUAAAAUGGUGUCAGUUCCUGGGUGAACGUUGUCUUAAAUACCUGGCUUGUGAUUAAUUAGCUUACAAUGUUACAUGUUGUGCAGUAUGACAAUUUUGGAGUCUUUUUCUUUAAAUCUUUUUACUUAUUCUCUCAUUUAUGUUUUCAAAAAUAAAAGAAAAUGGUUUGUGUAUAAGCUGAAUUAAUUGGAUUAUAUUAGUGGGAGUGACAUUUUGAUUUAAAUACUCUGCCAUAGUUCAGC